AUGUCCUUCCGCGGAAGAGGAGGCGGCGGCGGUCGUGGUGGAUUCGGUGGCCGAGGCGGAGGUGGAGGCGGUGGCCGCGGAUUUGGCGGAGGACGAGGUCGCGGCGGCGGCGGCGGCGGUGGUUUCAGGUCAUACCAGGACCAAGGUCCCCCAGAAUCAGUUAUUCCACUCGGUCAUUACGGAUGGACAGUCCAAGACGACCUCGUGUGUAAAGUAGACAUAGAAGACGUACCAUACUUCAAUGCACCCAUCUUUCUCGAAAACAAGGAACAGAUUGGUAAAAUAGACGAGAUAUUCGGUAACCUGCGUGAUUACUACGUGUCCGUGAAGCUCGGAGAGAAUAUUAAGGCAAAGAGUUUUAAGGAGGGGCAGCAAUUUUUCAUUGACCCAGCGAAGUUGUUGCCGUUGAAGAGGUUCCUGCCUCAGCCUCCUGGAGCUAAGAGAGGCGGUGGCCGAGGUGGUGGAGGUCGGGGAGGUAGAGGUGGAGGCGGCAGAGGCGGAGGUGGUGGCUUUGGACGAGGUGGCGGCGGAGGUUUCGGCCGGGGAGGUGGAGGAAGGGGAGGAGGCUUCGGAAGAGGCGGCGGAGGAGGUUUCGGCAGAAGCGGUGGUGGUGGUGGUGGUGGCCGUGGAGGCAGAGGUGGUGGCUUCAGAGGAGGCCGCGGCGGAAGAUAA